AGCUGGGCUAACUAGUUAGUUAGCUAAAUUGAGUAUGGUUUAUUUAGAACUGACUAGCUAGUUAGUAGCCUAUGUCGUAGAGUUUACUUGAGAGAUAAGCAUACAAUAAUAAUGCAUCAAGUCAGACUUCAGAUUAAAGGUUCAGACGAAGCUCGCUAUUCGUAUUCAAUUGAUGUGCAGAUCAGUGCUGUUCUUCAAUAUUGGUCCAAACCAAAGAAUUAUCCUCUGUUCAUCCGAAGUGUACCCGUACAGAAUGAACUGAAGUUCCACUACACGGUGCAUACCUCUCUGGAUGUGGUGGAAGAGAAGAUUUCAGCAGUCGGCAAAGCAAUGGCAGACCAGAGAGAGCUUUACCUUGGGUUGCUGUACCCAACGGAGGACUACAAAGUAUAUGGCUAUGUGACAAACUCUAAGGUGAAGUUUGUCAUUGUCGUGGACUCAUCAAACACAUCUCUGCGAGACAAUGAGAUUAGAAGUAUGUUCAGAAAGCUACACAACUCAUUUACUGAUGUGAUGUGCAACCCAUUCUACAAUCCUGGAGACACCAUUCAGUCUAAGGCCUUUGACAGCAUUGUGUCUGCAAUGAUGGUGCAAGCUAGCUGAUAUUGUCCUCCCGAACAUCUGUACAUAAUUUCCGGGAAACCCUUUACAUGUUGCCUCGUGUAUAACAGUGAAAUAAACUGUCCAUCAGAACCUCCAUUUCAAAUAAGCA